CUGGAAUGGCGUCAUCAUUACCAUUCUCAUUACGAUCAAUAUUAUCCUCAUUCGCAUCAUCAUUUAUCAAAACCAGUCCUCAAGGAGUGAGAAUACAAAGAUAAAGAAGCAGCUCUGUGUAACAGAUACGGAUCCACCUGCAGGGUGUGCACUGUGCCCUAAUAACUGGCUGCUGUAUGGGGACAACUGUUAUUACUAUUCAGAUGAUACACUGAGGACAUGGAAUCAGAGCCAGGAGCAGUGUGAGAUGAUGGGAGGCCACCUACUAGUCAUAGAGGACCAGGGACAGCAGGGAUUUAUACAGGGAAUUCUCACCAAGGCAGACUACGUAUUUUGGAUUGGACUUUACAAGGCAGGAGAUGGGUGGAUAUGGGUGCACGGAGGACAUCAUAACACCAGCCUGUUCGAGAUAAAAGGGAAUACAGGAAGCUGUGUAUUGGCGAAUAAAGUUGGUUAUUACUCUGGUAUCUGUAAUUUAACUUACAGAUUUAUAUGUCAAAUGGAAGCCGUGAAAAUCUGACAUUGCCAUAUGGAGAAAAUCUACAGAUGAGUAAUAUAACCACUUAAAUGAUUUUUCCACCUCAAAAUCGCUCAGAAAUAAUUUUUUACAUUACUUUUUAUAGUUUUAUAGAUUAAAAUAUUUUAUAUAUAAAAAAAAUAUCUAGGGGGUGUUUUGCACCCCCAAUCCCCCCUGUAUCCAUAGGCCCUUAUUAUAAAAUAACUUCCCAUCCCCCCAUUGGCAUUUGGCAAUAGACACCCCAGUGGUCUUAAACCCUAAUAAUAGUCACCCCCACGCCCCAUUAGUAGCAAAAAUAAUAAUAAAAAUCCAUGCUUUAUAAGCCCCCCACCUUGUAAAAAGACCCUUUUGUUACCCCUGUGACCAAUGUUUUUUUUCUUUUACAUUUUAACCCCUCCCCCCUACAGAAUCCUUUACAUUUUUCAUUUGCUAUUCCCCUUCUCCCAACCCAAUUUGCUAUAUAUGGGGUUCAGCCCCCACCACCAUAGGCAUACACCCCCCCCCCCUCCCCCACAUGCAGAGCGUAGUGAAGUGUGUGUCAAGGGAGACUGACGAUCAGUGUUCCACGUGACGGGGGACACGGCAGGCAGCACCUUGCAUGUGAUGCGAUCUGGCCUUGUAAUGUACGCCUGGCUCUGGUCGCAUCACAUGCAACAACGCCAGGCAAGUGGUUAAGAUUAAAUACAAAUAUUAUAGGUAGAUGAUUUAUUUUUCCAUAGGACAAAAACAGAAAAUGACCCUGUAGUAUUAUGAUUACUUCACCUGGAAAUCCUUAUCCGUGGAACUACUGCCUGACAGAUCUGAAAAACUAGAGUACGGGAAUAAAGAAACAAACCUCAAAACUAACGGAUAAUAGUUUUUUAUUCCACGUACAAAAAUGGA